UUUUCACAAAUGCCUUGAUGUUCUCUACCAGAGGUUCAAAGGAUUAGUUUUUUGGCCAACGAGGGAGACAUUACAAGCAACAAUGCCGUCGUGUUUCAAGGAGAGUAUUUUUGAGAACAAAGUAACUGUGAUUAUUGAUUGUUUUGAAAUUUUCAUUGAAAAUGCUUCCCAUCUGUACACAGGUGCACAAAGCUGGUCCAACUACAAGCAUCACAAAACUGUGAAAGUUUUGAUAGGAAUAACGCCUCAAGGGACAAUUUCAUUCAUUUCAGACGCCUAUGGAGGCCGUAUCAGUGAUAAGGCAAUCACUAAAGCUUCUGGAUUUUUGGAUAAAUUGUUGCCGUAUGACCUUGUUCUGGCGGAUAGGGGAUUUUUAAUUGAAGAAGACGUUCAGAGUGUUCUUGCUGAAGUUAAACUUCCGGCUUUCACAAAAGGAAAAUCUCAACUCCAUCCGAAAGAAAUUGAAGAGACGAGGCAAAUCGCCCACGUCAGGAUACAUGUUGAACGUAUAAUUGGUUCUUUGAGGCAAAAGUUUCCCAUUCUGGCUGGCCCUUUGACGAUCACACUUUUAUCGACAACACAAAGAUCUGCCAUGCAGCUAAUUGAUCUGUACAGGAUUCAUCUUCUCUUAACCAUCCAGAAUUCAGGGCAAAUAAAAUCGCUGCAACAUGACUGCAUACUUCCCCACAGCCAGCCAUGCAGAUGCAAUGUGCAGCGAGAAUAGAACCGUCCGGCAAAAUGAUAAUCCAUGCCCAUAAAUUCGUAGCAUUCAUGCACUGC